GAUAUUCGGAAGUUAUGAAUUCUUCAGACAAAGUAGUAAAAUUAUACUCUUCACAUCUCAAAGCUUCUUUAAGAAGUGAAAAUAUUCUUCAGUUAGUGAUACAGGUAAAACUUUCACGUGGAUAGAAGUACCUAGACCUCACAUAUUCCUCAGCUCCGUAAAUUCAUAUUCUGGCAUAUCCACUGACCCCAUCUCUGGCUGACCGGGAAUGGGGUAUGAGAAGGCUGCUAGCUGACUGACCACUGACUCAAGUGUAGACUUACUUUUGUGUAUUCCUCAUGGUGGAUAUAGGGACGGUUGAAGCAUUUAGGAAGGACUGAGGCUCCUGGAUAACUAAGGAAAUUGACAUGAAGAGUUAAUUUCACUCACAAAAUCCACAGUCCUCACCAUGGCCUGCAAGGCCCACACAUCUGGCUUCUGAUGUGUUUCUCACCUCCUGUCUUUCUUCCCUGCGCUGCCCUGACUGGGUUUUGCCACACUGGCUUCCUUGCUGAUUCUGGAACAUUGCUGUGUCAGCACCUCCCGACACACGCACCAUGCCCACUGCCUUCGUGUCUUGGCCCCAGCUGUGCUCUUUCCUUCCUUCAAGACCUUGCUCAGACCUUACCUCCUUUCUCGGUGCGUCCUGCCCUGAUCACCCUGUUUCAGCUUCUUUCCACCUCCACCCCCGCUCCUGCUCCCCUUUAUCCCUCUCUAUUUUUUCUGUAGUACUUAAUCACCUCUAAUAUAGGGUAUAACCUGUAAUUUACUUAUUUCUUAUAUUUAUUGUUUGUCUCCUGCAACUAAAGUAUAAGUUUAGUAAGGGGAGAGUUUAUCGUUUUUUGUUUUUCAUUGUUGCUGUGGUUAUUUUAAAUAAGCAGCUGUCUCUGUACCUAGAACACUGGUGUAUGGUAUACAGAAAAUGUUUAGUAAUUAUUUGUUUAAUAAAGUCCAGCUCCAAGAAAGCCAGGCUUAGGUAGAUGGAAAGCACCCUUCUUGCCAUCUAAGUUCUGUUUUUUUAACCCUUCUUGGAAUGACUGCCAGUGAAGAAUGACUGUACUUGGCAGAAACCCUGACUCCACUCCAUGGGAAUGUGGCCCAGUUUUACUGUGACUUUUCUCUCUCUAUUCCCAAGUGUGUGGUGUUAAUAAGUGGUCUCACCACUUGCUAUACUAAGCAGUCGUUAAGCCUGGAACAGAAAUGGGCUUUAGUGCUGGACUGAGUCCCCAGGAUACUAGGAACUGUGUGGUAGGUUUGUUCCUUUAUAACCUGUCCCAGGUUUAAGAAGUUCCUAAAAGUUAGGUGAAUUAGGUUCUGGUUCUGACUGUAACCAAUUCAUUGUCUUAGCUUAUGACUCUAGGCUGAUGUUUCUUCAGUUGUAAAAUUGAACUGGAUUGUGUUUUUUCCCUUACUCUGUGAAGUUUAGCUAUAUCACAGAAGCAUUUUAAGUUUUCUAAUUGAGGAACCCUCUUUUAAAAUACAUUAGCUCUUAGGUUAAUAAUCAUGUUACUGUACUAUAAGAUUUGUAUUUGGUAAGGUGCUACAUAUAUAAAAACAACUGAGUGUACUAGUAGUGUAUAGAACCUAAACUAAUUGUUUUCUUAUAUAAUUUCACUGGAAAAAACAAACUUUUGCUAAUCAUUAGAAUUCAGUUAACUAGAAAAUUGAGUCUUUAGAUGUGAUAAAUAACUCAUGUUCUAGAAUCCAUCUCUCUCUCCCCCUUUCUCUCUUCUUCCCUUUAUUUCUUCUCUAUCCUUCAGGUUAUCUACUGUACAGUUUCUGUUUUUUUGUGCUUAGAGAACAAAAGGAUGGCACUUCACAGAAAGGUGACUCUUGUGAUGUUGGGACUUGAUAAUGCUGGUAAAACGGCGACAGCGAAGGGAAUCCAAGGAGAGUAUCCUGAAGAUGUAGCUCCUACUGUUGGGUUUUCCAAAAUUGACCUUAGACAAGGAAAGUUUGAAGUCACCAUCUUUGACUUGGGAGGUGGAAAAAGAAUUCGAGGAAUCUGGAAGAAUUACUAUGCUGAGUCCUAUGGGGUAAUAUUUGUUGUGGAUUCAAGUGAUGAAGAAAGAAUGGAGGAAACAAAAGAGACAAUGUCAGAAGUGCUGAGACACCCUCGGAUAUCCGGAAAGCCUGUAUUGGUGUUGGCAAAUAAACAGGAUAAAGAAGGGGCUCUAGGAGAAGCUGAUGUGAUUGAGUGUCUUUCUCUGGAAAAGCUGGUCAAUGAGCACAAGUGCUUGUGUCAGAUAGAACCUUGUUCAGCAGUCUUGGGAUAUGGAAAGAAAAUUGACAAGUCCAUUAAAAAGGGCCUUUAUUGGCUGCUACACAUUAUUGCAAGGGACUUUGAUGCCUUAAAUGAACGCAUCCAAAAAGAUACAACCGAACAACGUGCUCUUGAGGAGCAAGAGAAUCGAGAAAGGGCUGAACGCGUACGGAAAUUACGAGAAGAAAGAGAACAAAGAGAACAAGAACGGGCUGAACUCCAUGGAACCAGUGGGAUGGCUGAGUUGGACCCAGAACCAGUCAUUGUUAAUCCUUUCCAGCCAAUAGCAUCGGUAAUCAUUGAGAAUGAAAAAAAACUUGAAAGAGAGAAAAAGAGGCAAAAUACAGAAGACAGUGAUGGCUGCCCCCUGAAGCAUAAAAUGGAGCAUGAGCAAAUAGAGACACAGAGCCAGAUCAGUGACAGUAGCCAAAAAAACAGUGAGUUUGGAGUAGUAGAAAAUUAUAAGGAGGCGUUAACACAGCAGUUGGAAAAUGAAGAUGAGACAGACUGGAGAUCAUCAGAAUCAGAUAGCAGUAAAAAGAAAACCAAGAAACUGAGGAUGAAGAGGAGCCACCGUGUGGAGCCUGUUAAUACAGACGAUUCUGCUCCUAAGAGUCCAGCACCGCCCCCGCCUCCUCCUCCUGUUGGCUGGGGAACCCCCAAAGUCACUAGACUUCCAAAACUUGAGCCUCUUGGUGAAACACGUCAUAAUGAUUUCUAUGGAAAGCCACUGCCUCCCGUGGCUGUGCGACAGAGACCUAACAGUGAUGCUCACGAUGUCAUCUCAUAACCACAUCAUAUGGAUGUGCUCUCUUUACAUCAGCAAGAUGAACUGCAGGGCCUUCUUUCUCAACAGAGGAAAACCUUAAACAUCGAUGACUGGGGCAAGAUAACCGUAACAAUAUCAGUGAGCCAAAGACCUGACUGUUCUGAUCAUUAAUUACUUAUCCAUGGUCUUCAUGGUUUAAAAAAAAAAGACCAGCAAGUGGGAUGAGCGUUUGGAACAAGUUAGCAAGAGUUAGUGUUGACUCUGGUUUAUACAUCCCCACUCAUGGGUGUAUUCCUGAAGGAAAACCUGUUCAGAAAAAGAGCCAAUGGACUCUCUACACUUCCUUUACUAUUUAAUAGUCUUUAUUUCUUUAUUUUAAAUGUUUGUAGGAUAUAUGUGCAUGGAAAGGGGAUUCUUGGGAAUUUAUAACCUCAAUUUUUAACUUUUUAUAUUUUUCUAGAAAUUUUGUUUAAGGAUUUUAAUUACUAUGAUAUUGACUGUGCACUUUUCUAUAGAUGGUUUGUUUCAACUGUGUCUGGAAAAUGGAAUUGAUUUACUUGACAGACAUGAACUGUACAAAUGAGAUAUAUUUAUAUGGUUUGAAGUAUGUUUUAUAAUAGUAUUGCUCUUUAAGUAUACAUCUUAAUUUGACCUUAAGGUAUUUUUAAAGUAGAUUCCCAGAUUUUUAUUUUACCAUAUUAUGUUAUUUGAAAGCACUAAUUACUUGAAUGUUUGUUGCUGUUUGUUUUCUUUGACAACAUUCCCAAUAAAUGAAAGACACUUGCAAUUCCUUUUGACUUAAAUGCUUUUUAAGUUAAUAGAAAUGUUUUAUGAGAUACUGUUAAAAGUCCCAGUAAACCCCUCUUUCAAAGAUUAGAUCUUUUCAGAAAUCAAGGUGCUCCUUCUCACUCCUUGUUCUGUCAGAAGUUUUAGUAACUCUUGUAGGUUAUUCUACCUCUUUUGUGUCUUGAAGUUAAAGGCAGAAAGACCAAGAAAGCUACUAUAGUCCAAAACUUUAUUUUAUAAGUGGGAAAUGCUUGGGUACUAACAAAAUAAGAAUAAAUGUUGGUUUAAGUUACAUUUAUAAAGAAACAAUUCCAAAAUAAUUUAAAAUAGUAGUACUUCCCUUGCACUGAAGAAUGGCAUCUAUAUGUUCUGUCUUCCAACUGGCGUUGAGACAAACUUUUAGUUAUCUUUUGAAAAUAGAUUACAAUGUUUAAUUAAAAGCAUCCAUAUACAUCAAGGUGAAAAUACUCUAAACAGAAAUCACCUUGUUAAAACUGGUAAGUCAGUUUGGCAACUUAUACUGAUAACAGAUAUAUAUAUAUACUGAUAUCUGACAAUAACACGAUUAAGCAUGUCUAAGGCAGUUUAAUACAAUUAUUUACUUUAAAAAUGUUCAUUUUGAGCAUCAUAUGCAGUUUGUCUGAGUUUUGUACAUGGAACUUACCUAGUGCGCUGAGUAGAAAGCAUUCUACUUCAGAUACAAAAUUCAUAACAACCCAAAUUUGAUAGGUGGCUGAAGUGUUAGGAACAGUAACAUGAGAAGACAGAAUGUAAAGUUUAUAUUGGCUUUUAGAGAAAAAACUGGCUUGUAUAUCUUCUUGGUUCCUUUUUGUAAAAUUUACAUUAGUUCAUUUUUUAAAACCUGAACUCAUACUUUUGCAUUUUUACUAUUCAUCUUGUUUGAGAAUACAUAUAUCUUUAAAAUUUUUGUAUCCUACCAGUGAUUAGUGUACAAUAAUUACUGAGUUCAUUUAAUAAAAAUAAAUGAAAAUAAUUUUUAAGAUUUUGAAAUUAAAUAUAUGGUAAAAUAGAAUGUUUUAUAUAUCUCAAAAAUUAAUUUGUAUCCUUAACACAUUCUAAAAAUAUUUUUAGUUUUGUAAAUCCACAUGGCUUUUAACAAGUAAAAUGCCUAUUUUGUUAUAUGCUGCAUUUUCAUAAUCACUAUGAAUUAUGACAUUUUCACACAAUAAAAAUAGCUUGUAUCAGUA